GUUUUCCAGAAGGGAGCUGGAAAAACGCGCGAUCGAACGAAAUCUGCCGAACGUCGUUAACCCUAAGCUUUAAAAAACAUCGAUUUAGUGAAUGGAUGAUUCAUAUUGUGCCUUCGAUACACGACAUUUGCGUUCUGCUACAUUAUGAGUGAAAAUUGAUUUAGUGUAUGUGUUUGUGUGCUUUGAUCGUCAAUAAUAAUAGCACUCCAUCACAAAAUUUAUAUUAAAAUGCUAUUUUGUUAUGAAAUAAAUUCGAACCAAAUAAGAUAGAAAAAAAAACAUGGGAUUCAUUUUUAACAAGAAAUUAUGAACGAUUGCUGCGAGAGUACUGGAUUACGCAGUACUGUGGCGGUACUAUUACGAGCCGGCACACGAUGACUGCACCCGUGCUGUCUGAGUACUGCCUUUGGGGUUGGUACGGUGUCGUGCACGAUGCUAAUUUGUUUCAAGAAAGCUUGUCUGAAUGGAUGAAAGAUAAACCUCUCAGUAUUUUGCAACUAGAUCCUGCCGAUCGAGCUGUGCUGAGAAUUGCAGAUGAAAGAGAUGCCAUACAGAAGAAGACAUUCACCAAAUGGGUCAACAAGCAUCUCAAGAAGGCAAACAAAGAAUUGUACGACCUUUUCACAGAUCUCAGGGAUGGCCACAACCUCAUUUCCCUUCUCGAGGUGCUUUCCAACGAAAUUCUGCCUCGAGAAAAAGGCAGUAUGCGUUUUCAUAUGCUACAAAAUGUACAGAUCGCACUCGACUUUCUCAGGUUUCGGAAGAUCAAGUUGGUCAAUAUUAGAGCAGAAGACAUCGUAGAUGGAAAUCCAAAGCUGACAUUAGGCCUCAUAUGGACGAUAAUUCUUCAUUUUCAAAUAUCAGACAUCAUCACCCAUCAGACAGAUGAGAGGAUCACAGCAAAAGAGGCGCUCUUGCGUUGGGCACAGAGAACUACAGACAAAUAUCCAGGUGUCCGAGUUGGAGAUUUCACCAACAGUUGGAGGGAUGGUCUUGCCUUUAAUGCCAUUAUUCACAGAAACAGGCCAGAUCUUAUAGAUUACAGAUCAUGCUUGAAACGAACUGCCAGAGACAAUCUUGACAGUGCAUUUACGAUAGCAGAAAGAGAGCUUAAUGUGACUAAACUUCUAGACCCUGAAGAUGUUGAUACUCAUGAACCUGAUGAAAAAUCUCUCAUAACUUAUAUAUCAUCAUUAUAUGAUGUUUUCCCAAGACCUCCUUCUCAAAAUAUGUUUUCUGCUGAUGAUGAUAAAACUCGAAGAGUGGAAGAGUACAGAGAUUUAUCAAGUUCCUUAUAUUUGUGGAUGAGAGAAGUUCUGCCAAUGUUACAGGACAGAAAUUUUCCCAAUACAUUAGUUGAAAUGAAGUCUCUUUUGGCUGAUUGUACCAGAUUCAGAGUUGAAGAUGUACCUCCAAGGUUACAUGAAAAGCAAAGACUAUCCCAUCUAUACAGAGAAGUUCACAAAAUAAUCAGGGAAUCUGGCUCUGUGGAUAUCAAUGAAGAAUUAAGAAUAGAAAACAUUGAUAGAAUUUGGAACAAAGUUAUUAGUGCUCAUCAGGAACGUGACCAAGCAAUUCAUGAUGAAAUUGCGAGGUUAGAAAAGCUUCAAAGACUAGCUGAAAAAGUUCACAGGGAAACUAAACAAUGUGAUGGAAGAAUGGAUGAUAUUGAAAGACACAUUGCUGAAGAGGAAAAGAGAGUUCAACGCCUUCACCCAUCUGAUGCCAAACAUAACUGUGAUCAAAUUGAAAAUGAGUUGAAACAUGUGGAAGACAGCUUAAAAUCAAUGUCAAGAGAUGUACAGACUCUGAGAGAUGGCCGAUAUCAUCAAGCUUUAGAGCUGCAGAAAAGAGUUCAGCAACUCCACGAGAGAUUUUUAAACAUACGCCUGAAUUUCCAGACCCGUUUGCUGCAUGUGCUCAAUGCCCGUUCUUUAAAAGCUGAAGAAAAGAAAGUUACGAAGCCCCGACCACUGUCUUUAGAGAAACUCAUUGAAACAAAUAAAGCUUUCAAGUUCCUUCAAGAAUGUGUAGAAUGGGUACAUAAUAAGCAGAAAUACCUUGAAGAAGCAGAUUAUGGGACUGAUUUGCCUAGUGUCCAGUCACUCUUGGAACAGCAUCAUACUGAACAUAGGAUAAUUGAUCAGUUUCAGAAAAAUGUUGAUCAGUGCUCAUCACAGAAAUCUCAAUUUAGAGGAGAAGAACUAGAACUUUAUUGUAAAUUGUUAUCCAAGCUGGAGAAAGGCUAUUCUGAAGUUUUGGUAAUGUCUAACAAGAGAAUGAAUGACUUAGAUACUCUUCUAGAUUUCAUUCAGUCUGCAACAAAUGAAUUAAUUUGGAUGAAUGAAAAAGAAGAUAUUGAAGUUUCAAGAGAUUGGAGCUCAAAAACACUGAACAUUCCAGAAGUUGAAGAGUAUCAAAGGGUCUUAACAAAUGAAUUAGAGAGACGAGAAGUGCAAUUUAAUUCCGUCCAAGAUAGAGGAGAAAGUCUAGUUUUGCAAAAGCAUCCUGCAGCUAAAUGUAUUGAAGCUUACCUUGCAGCAAUGCAAACACAAUGGUCCUGGCUCUUACAGCUUACAUCGUGCCUUGAUGUUCAUUUGAAAUAUGCUUAUGUUUAUCAUCAAUUUUUCAACGAAGCCAAAGAAUGUCAACAGUGGUUAAAACAAAUUGAAAGUCGAUUAUCCACUACUUACAGCCGUCAAAAUUUCACAAUAGAUGAAGGUGAACGUUUAAUGAAAGAAAUGCAAGAACUAAGAGAUGAACUUAGUCACUAUAGCAAUAUUGUAUCCUCUCUUAUCGAAAGGAGCAAAGAUAUAGCUCCUUUGAAACAAAGGCGUCAACCCUUACCUCGGCCUUUGAGGGUCACAGCUGUUUGCUCUUAUAAGCAACAAUCAAUGGCCGUAAGCAAGGAUGAGCACUGCUGGCUGCAUGAUAACUCAAAUAAAAUCAAAUGGAAGGUUAUUAAUGCUCAUGGUGUCGAAGGAAUGGUUCCAGGUGUAUGUUUUGUUAUACCUCCACCCAAUCCUGAAGCAUUAGAAUUAGCAGAAAGCUUGAAGAAGCAGUUUGAAGCUAUAGUUAACCUUUGGACCACAAAACAACGCAAGCUGAGGCAAAAUAUGAUUUUUGCCACCAUUAAAAUUAUUAAAUCGUGGGACAUAACUAAGUUUCGUAGUAUUGAACCUCUUCAGAGAGAAAGUAUUAUUAAAGCUUUAAAUGAAGAUACUCAAAAACUUCUUAAUGAAGGUUCUAGCGAUGAUCCUGCUCUAAAAAGAUUGCAAGAAGAAAUUGCUUACUGCAACAAAUUAUUUGCUGAUUUACAACGCAUGCUUGACCAGGAUGAGGUUGAUAAAGUAAACAAAAGCCAAGCUCGCAAGUUUAAUGAUUUAGUUGCAUCUGUUCAAAGUACUCUUACUGAAAAAGAAAGAAUAUUAAAGCAAAGAACUCAAGCACCUAUCCCACGCAGUAAAGAAAUAGUAAAUCGUCUAUUACAGGAACAAAGGGAUUUUGAAUCAGAUUUGCAUAUUAUUGAACCUCGAGUGAAUGAAGUUAAAGAUGCAUUCAGAGAUUUGACUGUCAAGACUCCUGCUUUACAAUCGCGUUAUGAUGUUGUAAUGGAAUCAUGGAAUAAUUUAUGGUCCAAUUCAAGUUUGUACAUUGAAAGGUUAAAAGCUGUAGACUUGACAUUAUUACAAUAUGAUGAAGCUGCACAAGUAGUCUCAGGUGUGGAAUUACAAUUAGUUUCCUUUGAUGAUAUGGUAUCUGAUGUUGAAAGUGCUGCAAAAGUUGAAGAAAAUUUAUUGUCUAUUAAAAGGGAAAUGCACCACAAGCAAAUAGUUUUUGAACAAGUGAGUGAGAGUGUGGUAAAUGUUCGGCAUUUUGUUGAAUUGACUCGCCCUCAUCAAACUGUACAUACUGACGUUAGCAAAUUAGAGGAGGAUGUGAAAAAAGUUCGCAGACGCUGGGACUUGGCUGGUACACAAGUUGCUGACAGAUUAAAAGCACUAGAAAACUCUUUAGAUUUACUUCAAAGCUACAAGGGAAAAUACAAUGAGCAAAAGAUGUUUGUAAGUCAAAUGAGUGCCAAAGUAGAAUCAAUGAAAUCAGUCAGUAGGAUGGAUUCACAGGAAAUGCAUCGUGAAAUAGAAUGCUCAAUGAGUACAUACACCACUUUAAGUCAGAGAAAAGCUGCCGUUGAGGAUACUAAUGUUGAUGGUGGGCGCUUUGUACGUGAAGCUAAGAUAUAUGAUCUACUACUGAGGCAGUAUCAAGAGGGCUUAGAAGAUAAUCCUGCAGCUUCUGAUGCAAAGAGGCCUAAGUUGUUGUCAGGGGCGGAAAUUGUUAGCCAAGAACUAGAUGCAUUAAAUCAAGAAUACACAGAUUUGGUGAAUUCAUUGUUACAAAGGCUGAAUGAACUGAAAAGUCUUGUUUCUAGUCAAGAAGGCCAAAAGAUGGCUAUCGAAGAAAAAUAUAGACUUUAUGUUGAUAAUACAGCCAAGUUGUUGUCUUGGCUACAAGAAAAAGAAAUGGAACUUGCUGAUCUUGGUUUAGUGAGGGAAGAUGCUGAUGAUCUUUAUCGCCAAAUUAAUACUGCUAAGUCAAUUCGCCAAGAUCUUGAAGACAAUCAAAGAACUGUAAUGUCUUGCAUUGAUCAAGCUCAGCAACUUAUUGAACAAGGUCAAGAUGUUUUAAGCAAAGAAGAAUUACAUAAUGUUCAAAAGAACUCAGAUGCUCUUAAAAAGAGAUUUUCUAGAGCCUAUGAUGAAAGUGAAAGACUGUUGAGACGUCUGAACACAGCAUUAGAAGAGCUUAGAAAGUUUUCGAAUGAAUUGAUUAAUUUUAUGGAAUGGAUGAAAGAAGCACAUGUAAAGCAGACUGAGAAGGAAAGGAGUUUGCUUGAUCUUGAUCACUUAAAAGAAAAUGCUGACGCUUACAAAGCUUUUUCAAGUGAUGCAAUUGCCCAUCAAGCUGAUUUAAGGUUCAUAACUAUGGCAGCACAAAAAUUUGUUGAUGAAUCAAAAGACUAUUUGAAAGCACUGAACGAUUAUCGAACAAACCUUCCUCGAAGGUUGGGACAUUUGGAGCCAUCAGAAAGUGAAAUCAAAGUUAAAGUUCAGGAAGUUUCCACUGCAUUCCAAAAUUUGCUCAAUAGAAUAGAUCGUUUGGGUGAUAAAUUUAGUAUUCUUUACAACAAACAAAGAAAUUUUGUAGAGAGUGUUGAAAAAGCUACUGUUUGGCUUAACAACACACAGAAAACUGCAAAGAAAAUUGUGGAAGAGCCAACUGCUGCCGAUACCCGAGCAAUUCAAGAUCAAUUGGAUCGUGUCAAAGCUUUGAACAUGGAACUAAUACAACAAGGUCGUCUCAUUGAUAAUGCAAAGCAAUCUGCAACUGCGUUGCUCGAUAUGUUAGAGGAUUCUGAUAUCAGUCCUUCUGAAAAAAGAGCUAUUGAAAGUAAAGUCAAAAGAUUGGAAGAUGAGUACAAUAACUUGUGCAAUAUAGUAAAUGGCAAAACUAAUGAACUACAAAUGGCUCUAUUGCAUUCUCAAGAUAUUCAAGAUGGACUUGAUAGGUUUUUAAAAUGGUUGGAUGAUGUUGAAUCAAAUCUCAGGAACCAGAGUAGACCUGUUAGCUUAAUAAAAGACAAACUUGAAGAACAGAUCCAGUCACAUAAAGUUAUAUUAGCUGACAUUGAUGGACAAAAACCCACAUUAGAUGCUGUAAAUGAUUCAACUCGAGAUCUUCUAAAUAGUUCGAAUCAAAGAUUAGCCAAAAAAAUUGAAUCUAAGUUGAAGGAAGCUAAUAUUAGAUUUGAAAAACUUUGUGAGAAAGCUCAAAAAAGAUCAGAUUUGCUAGAAGAAGUUUGUAAAGCACUUGGCUUAUUCUCCAACAUUGCUGUCAGAUUUGAAGAAUGGUUGACUACAAUGCUUGAUAUAACUCGGAACAGAGAUCCUGCUCAUUCGGAGGCACACUAUUUGAGUGUUAUUGAAGAUGUUAUCAAUCAGAAAGAUGCCAGAAGGGAAGAGUUUGAAGAAGUUGUGAGAAUGGGUAAAAACCUCAUUGGUAAGAGAGACGUUACUGAUACAAGUGUUGUCAAAGAAAAAGUAAAAGCUUUGGAACAGCAGUGGAAAGAAUUAGGAGAUUUACUUAAUGACCAGCAUCGCAAAAAUAAAGAAAGGGCCGAGCAAUUAUCUGCUUAUGAAUCAUUGAGAGCUAAAGUCCUGGAAUGGCUGCAUUCAAUGGAAAUUAAAGUAGAAAGUUUGGAGCCUGUAGCUUUAGAUAAGGAAGUUUUGCGUAGGCAGAGUCUUGAAAUUAAGACACUAGCAAAAGAACAUGCAGAUUAUGCUCCUACCGUUGAUAAGUUGAAUGAUUUAGGAAAUAGUUAUGAAUCUUCCCUAAAGGGUGACAGCCCGAAACAUUAUUCCGGUAGCCCAACAAGAAAGCCAUCAAGCCCUACUAGACUUUCUCCACCUAAACAUCGUAGAUCCCCAGAAUAUGGUUCUGGUUCUCCCUUGGGUAGAGGUAUUCAAAGCCCACUUUCAAGUAUCUCCAGUGGCUUUAGCAGCUCUAGAAGCUCUGCGGAUAAUCUUGGCGGCAUUGAGGACCUGAGCCCAAUUCAGCAACAGUUAUCUGAAAUCAACCACAGGUAUAGUUUGUUGGGUGUGAAACUGUCAGAUCGUGGCCAAGAAAUCAAUUCCUUUUCUGAUGAAAUUCGAGUUCUCCUUGAUGGACUCAAAAACUUGCUCAAUUUUAUUCAAACUAAGGAAAGACAAGUGCCAAAAGAACCUUUGCCUGUUACUAGAGAUCAAGCUUCAAAGCAAUUGCAAAUCUUGAAGGGUAUCCAAGAUGAUAUGUUGGAAAGACAACUGGAAUUAGACAGGCUAAAAAGUCAAACUGAAGAUUUAGCUCGUCGUAAGCCUGCAACUCCCGGCAUUGAUAAUUUGCAGAUGCAAAUGUCUGAUCUUAGUCAUCGAUGGAAUGAACUUAUGUCAUCCUUGAGAGAAAAGACAAAGUUUUUGCAGGAUUUGAAAGACUUUCAAGAUUCUCAAGAAGCCAUGAACAGCUGGUUGGGUCAAAAAGAGAAAAUGUUCCAGGUUUUGGGACCUAUUGCCUCUGAUCCUAGAAUGGUGAAUGCUCAAAUUCAACAAGUGCAGGUUUUGCGUGAUGAGUUUACUUUACAAGAACCAGUGUUAGCGAAGAGCCGUGAUUGCGGUCAUGCCAUAUUAGAUCACUUAGAUGUCAAUAGCCCUGCUGCUAAGAAAAUACGUGACCAGUUGCAAAGUACAAACACACGAUGGGACGACCUGAUGAGCAAGUUGGCUGAUCGAGAACAUAAUCUUGAUGCUGCAGUUGGAGCUACGAAAGACUUCCAAGACAGUUUGAACAGACUCCAAGAUCGUCUGCAACAUAUUGGGGAUGAAUUUGAUCAUCUGUCAGAAGCCGGAUCAGAUGCCGAAGAUCAGCUGAGGAAACUAAUUGAUCUGGAAGAGCAACUAGAAAACCAACGUCCACUAUUAGCUGAUGCUGAAGCAGUUUGUGAGCAAUUGUGUGAUAUAUUAAGUGACUCCGCCUCUAAGACAGAAAUAAAGAAUAAACUAAAUGCUGUUGAAAAACAAUACAAUAAUCUGAACAGAAAAAUGAAUAAUCGUAAAGCUGAACUGGAAUCAGCAUUAAAAGAAGACAAAGAUUUCUACCUUUCAUUUGAUCGUAUCCAGCAUUGGUUAAAUGAUAUGGAGAACACAUUAGCUCAUGAAUUUCCCAUCUCUGCUGACAAAGAUAUACUUAAAAGACAAGUUCAAGAUUUUGAAAGCAUUUAUAAAGAAGUUUUGAAUAAAGAUCAUGAAGUUCAUUUGCUUAUGAGUAAAGGGGCUGAAAUGCUUCCAAAAGUUACUCGAAAAUCAGAAGCUGCCCAACUUCAAAAUAAAAUGGACGUUACAAAGCGUCAAUGGGAGAAAGUUCGUAAGGCGGCUAAUGACAGGCACACACUGCUGCAGAAAUGCUCAGAAAGUUGUAAGAAAUAUCACAACUCUCUCAACUCUUUUGUCUCUUGGCUUAACAAAUGUGAGGACAAAGUAAAUGCUUUGCAACCCAUAAGUUUUCAUCGAUCUCAAUUGGAUAAACAAGUCAAAGAGAUUCAAGCUAUUAAAAAUGAUGUAUCAAAGCAUUCACAAGAAUAUGAAAAUACAUGCAACCAUGGAGAAGUUUUAAUUUCAUGUUGCGAUGUAGAUACAGAAGUAAUUAGAAAUGAAGUCGAAUCAUUAAGAAGACGCUGGGACAGAGUUAAUCAAGAGGUUUUGGAAAGGUCUCAAAUGCUGGAUGAUAUUUCUCACAAAUUAAAUGUAUAUCAAGAAAAAGCUCGUGAUGUGAAUCAUUCUUUGCACCGGCUUGAGGAUCGAUUACUCUCUCAUGAUGCCUUAGGUGACAGCUCAAGAGAUCCAAAACUCUUAGCUAGAAUGAAGGCUUUAUUAACUGAAGCUGGAGACAUAAAGAGGCAAUUGAAUGGGCUGAAAGAUUAUGUUAGCGUUCUGGUUUCUGAAGCGUCUCCUUCUGUGGAUACAUCUCAUAUUACUGAGGAAGUUGAAGAACUAGAUAAGAGGCACAGACAGCUCAUUCAAAAACUGGAAGACAGAUGCUGUGACCUGGAGUCUGCAUCAGAAAUAGUGACACAUUUCAAUAAUAAAAUGAAAGAUGCUCAUUAUGACUUAAAUAAUUUAGAAGAAGAAUUGGACAACAUGUCUCCGAUUGCUCGAGAUAUAGAUACAUUAACAACGCAAAUCAAUCAAAUCAAAAACUAUGUCAAUCGUUUGAAAAGAGCCAGGGAUGAUUGUGAAGAAGUUGAACAUCAAUGUCAAGAGAUAAUUUCUCAUGGAUAUACCCCAGACCCUAAAGGUUGCAGGAAUCAGCUGGAUAGCCUGAAUCGCCAAUUGAUUCGCCUUGAGGAACGUGCAAAAACUAGAGACAACAAUUUGGAAAACAUGCUGGGUAGGCUGGAAAAAUUUUAUGGAGAUUACACCGACAUUGCUAAAGAAUUGAAUGAAACGGCAGAAGAAGAACUUUCUUUUAAAGCCAUUGGUGGAGAAGUGGAUGCCAUUCGAUCUCAGCAGGAUGAGUUCAAGCGUUAUCAUCGCAAUCGACUUGAGCCUCUUGGGAAACAAAUUGACAAUAUCAAUAAAGUUGGCCAAGGAUUAAUACAGUCUGCAUCUCCUGGUGUUAAAACCACAGUACUAGAACAAGACUUAGACAUCUUGAAUGAGCGAUGGAACGAUUUGAAACAGAGGAUGAAUGAAAGAGAUCGGAAGUUGGACAUUGCCUUGUUGCAGUCUGGAAAAUUCCAAGAUGCAUUAGAUGGAGUGCAAAAGUGGCUUGAAGAUACUGAGGAAAUGGUAGCGAACCAGAAGCCACCAUCAGCUGAUUAUAAGGUCGUGAAAGCCCAAUUGCAAGAACAGAAGUUUUUGAACAAGUUGCUUUUGGACAGGCAAACUAGUAUGAAUUCUCUUAUGGAAAUGGGAACUGAAAUUAUGAAAAAUUCGGAUCCUAUAGAAAGAAUGCAAAUUGAUGCACAGCUGGGUGACUUAAUGCAGCGAUUUGAAGAUCUGUCGAAUGCUGCUCAAGAAAGAACUGAUGCUUUGGAAAGGACAAUUCCAGUAGCAAAAGAUUUCCAAGAUCGAAUCGUUCCUUUGGAUGAAUGGCUAGAGCAAACUGAAAAGAAAUUGGCUGCCAUGGCCACCAUACCAACUGACCAAGAAAAGAUUCGUCAGCGAAUGAUUGAACAUGAAGCUCUUCAUGAGGAUAUUAUGGAUCAUAAAGAAGCCUUUGAAGAACUCACUGAAGUUGCUCAAACUUUAAUGGGUCUUGUUGGAGAUGAUGAAGCUCAAAUGGUUGUAGAAAAACUACAAGAAGCCACUAAUCAUUUUGCGAAGGUUGUAGAAGACAGUGAGCAUAUUGGACAGCUUUUAGCUGAAGCUUACCAAGGCAUGGGCUCUUUUAAUGUGAAUUAUGAAGAUCUAAUGGCAUGGAUUGAUGAGAUGGCAUCUCGGUUUUCCAGAUUUCAUACUUUGAGUGUCUAUGUCGACAAGCUACAAGAACAACUGGAUGAACUUGUCGAACUGAGUGAAGAAAUUGCUGAUCAUCAAAAACAAGUUGAUGAUGUAGCUAGUGCUGGUCAAGACAUAAUGAAACAUGCUUCAGGUGAUGAUGUAAUACGAAUGAAAGAAAAGCUUGACAACUUAAGUGUAAAGUUUACUGAUCUCGCAAGUCGUGCAGCUGAUAAACUGCGCCAAGCUCAAGAUUCCUUGCCAUUAGUUCAAAAUUAUCAUGCUUCUCAUGAACGUGUAACAUCUUGGAUGGAUUCUACUGAAAGGCAGUUAAAAAAUCUGGAAAAUGUAGGCCUAUCUAGUCAAGAAACUAUUAUCCAAAGGCUUGAGGGUGAAAUACAAGAAUACAGACCUCUAGUAGAUACUUUAAAUCAUCUUGGGCCUCAGUUAUGUCAGAUGUCACCAGGACAAGGUGCAGCAGAAAUUGAAAAUCAGGUAUCACGUGUAAAUCGUAGAUUUGAUGCAAUUUGUGAGCAAGUACAAAGAAAAGCUGAACGAAUUGAUCUAUCAAAACAAAGAAAUGUAGAAGUUAUUGGAGACAUUGAAGAUCUUUUAGAUUGGUUUCAUGAAGCUGAAAAGCAGCUGUUGCAAGCUGAGCCCUUGUCUGUCGAUCCAGAUGCUUUAGCAGCCCUAUUGAAGGAGCAGAAAGCUCUAAAUGAGGAAGUAAGUAGCCAAAAAGGUCGAGUAAGAGAUAUUCUGUCUGCAGCGAAGAAACUGAUGAGGGAAUCAACUGGAGAUGAUCUCGCAGAAGUAAAAGACAAGUCUGAAGAAUUGAAGGAUGUCACGAAUUCUGUGUCAGCAUUAUGUGCUGAUCGCUUAGCUGCUCUUGAACAAGCACUGCCUCUGUCGGAACAUUUUUUCGAAACUCACGCAGAUUUGUGCCAAUGGCUCGAUGAAAUUGAAUCUGAAGCUGAUUUGCUAGAAACUCCAUCGAUGAAUGCUAAUCAAAUCAAGAAACAACAAGAUAAGAAUAAAGCCCUGAUGCAGUCAGUUGCAGAGCACAAGGCUUUGGUUGACAAGUUGAAUAAAACAGGAGCUGCAUUGAAGAAACUCUGCACGCCAUCAGAAGGAGCUAAAAUCCAAGAAAUCAUGGAUUCUGAUAAUAGUAGAUAUAAUGCUUUGAAAGACAUAUUGAGAGAUCGCCAGAAUGCUUUGGAAGAAGCUAUGCAAGCUACUUCACAGUUUUCAGAUAAAUUAGAUGGUAUGCUGAACUCUUUAAGCAGUACUGCAGAUCAGUUACAGAAUGCUGAGCCAGUUUCAGCUCACCCAGAGAAAAUUGAAGAUCAGCUAAACGAUAAUCGAGGCAUCUUGGAAGACUUAGAUAAACGUUCAAAUGCUCUGGAAGCUGUCAAACGAGCUGCUGAUGAUGUGAUUAUAAAAGCUGGAAGUGCUCGUGAUCCAGCUGUUAAAGACAUCAAACAGAAGCUUGAUAAAUUGAAUCAACUUUGGGAUAACAUUCAAAAGUUGGCUCGCAACAGAGGUCGCUCGCUUGAAGAUGCAUUGGCUGCUGCCGAAAGAUUUUGGGAUGAGCUCACAAUGGUUAUGAAAGCUCUUAAAGAACUACAGGACAGCCUCAAUGCUCAAGAACCUCCUGCAGUUGAACCUAAUGCCAUACAACAUCAAAGAAAUGCUCUCCAAGAAAUCAAACAAGAAAUUGAGCAAACUAAACCUGAAGUUGAUCAAUGUCGUCAAGCUGGACAAGACUUGAUGCAGUUGUGUGGUGAGCCAGACAAACCAGAAGUUAAGAAACAUAUAGAAGAUUUAGAUUCUGCUUGGGACAAUGUUACAUCUUUGUAUGCCAAGCGUGAGCAGAAUUUGGUUGAUGCUAUGGAGAAAGCUAUGAAUUUCCAUGAUAUAUUAGGAAAUCUCUUGGAAUUUUUGGAUUAUGCUGAGGAGACUUUUGCUGGUCUUGGACCAGUGGGCUCUGACAUUGAAGCUGUCAAGGGCCAAAUUCAGCAGCUUCAGGCCUUUAAGCAAGAAGUUGAUCCACAUAUGGUGGAAGUAGAGUCGUUAAACAGGCAGGCUCAUGAGCUAAUGGAGAGAACAUCACCUGCUCAAGCUAAAGCAAUAAGGGAACCCUUGGCCGAAAUUAAUAAGCGAUGGGAUGAUCUACUAAAAGGCAUUGUUGAUAGACAGAGGGAACUGGAAAAUGCUUUGUUGAGAUUGGGACAGUUCCAGCAUGCUCUGGAUGAGUUUAUGGUAUGGAUGACGAAAACUGAAAAUACGCUUGAUGAACUCACUCCAGUGUUUGGAGACCCUCAAGUUAUUGAAGUGGAAUUAGCUAAGCAUAAGGUGCUUAUGAAUGAUAUUCAAGCUCACCAAACCAGUGUGGAUACAUUAAACUCGGCUGGAAGGCAAUUAAUUGAAGCUAAUCGAGGCAGUGAAGAUGCUAGUGUUACUCAAAGCAAGCUCAAUAAAUUGAACAAAAGAUGGCAGCACUUACAAGAUAAAGCAGCUCGUAGACAGCAUGAGUUGGAGGAAGCAUUGAAUGAAGCUCAAAUAUUCAAUCAAGAAAUUCAAGAUUUGCUAAUGUGGUUGAGUGAUAUUGACAGUCAACUUGUGUCUUCGAAACCAGUGGGAGGCUUACCAGAGACUGCACGAGAACAGUUAAACAGAUUUAUGGAACUUUAUAAUGAUCUCGACAGCAAUAAACAUAAAAUUGAUUCAGUACUUCAACAAGGACAAGAGUACUUAAAACGUUCGAAUGAGGGAGCUGCCGGCAACUUACAACACAACUUGAAAACCUUAAAACAGAGAUGGGAUAAUGUCCUUAAUAGGGCCAAUGACAGAAAGAUUAAAUUGGAAAUUGCCCUUAGAGAAGCAACUGAGUUUCAUGAAGCUUUGCAGGACUUUGUUGAGUGGUUGACAAAUGCUGAAAAGUUUUUGUCAAACGUGAAACCUGUCAGCAGAGUUAUGGAUGUUGUUUUAGAGCAGAUUGAAGACCACAAAGCAUUUCAAAAAGAAGUUGGUGCUCAUAGAGAAGUUAUGCUGAAUUUGGAUAAAAAGGGAACUCAUCUAAAGUAUUUUAGCCAAAAACAAGACGUAAUUUUGAUCAAAAACUUAUUGAUCAGUGUUCAGCAUCGCUGGGAGCGUGUAGUAUCUAAAGCUGCAGAACGAACAAGAGCAUUAGACCAUGGAUACAAAGAAGCCAAAGAGUUCCAUGAUGCAUGGUCUGAUCUUAGCCGUUGGUUAGAUGACGCUGAAAAACAACUUGAUGUUCUGACUCAUGUUGGCAAUGACCCUGAAAAAAUCAAGCAGAUGUUAACUAAACACAAAGAGUUCCAAAGAGCUCUAGGAGCAAAACAACCACUUUUUGAUGGAACAAUGAAAUUGGGUCGAAACUUGAAAGAUAAAUGUCCUAAAUCAGAUGUUGGAGUCUUGCAAGGAAUGAUGGAUGAGUUAAAAAAUAAGUGGAAUAAUGUUUGUGCAAAGUCUGUUGACAAGCAACGAAAGCUUGAAGAAGCUUUAUUAUUCUCUGGGCAAUUUAAAGAUGCAGUUCAAGCUCUCAUUGAUUGGCUGGAAAAAUCGAAAAAAGCAUUGUCAGAGAACCAACUCCUGCAUGGUGAUUUAGAUACUGUCAUGGCUUUAGUUGAUCAACACAAGACCUUUCAAGAUGAACUGAAAAACCGAUCAAACAAUCUUGAAUCAGUUCGUCGAACUGCAAGAGAAUUAUUAGAAACUGCUAACGAAGAUGAUUCAGAACAUAUACGACAGCAACUUACUCAGCUUGACAGAAUGUGGAUUGAGGUUGCUAAUCUUUCUGAUGACAAACAACGGAAAUUAGAAGAAGCCUUGCGGGAAGCUGAAAAGCUUCACAAAGCUGUUCAUAUGUUGUUGGAAUGGUUGUCUGAUGCUGAAAUGAAACUUAGAUUUGCUGGCCCGCUUCCUGAUGAUGAAGAAACCACUAAGCAGCAGAUCGCUGAUCACGAACGUUUCCUAAAAGAGAUGGUUGAACAAGAAGUUAAUAAGGACACUACAAUUGCUCAUGCUCAAGAAAUUCUGAAAAAAUGUCAUCCAGAUGGGGUGUCUGUGAUCCGCCAUUGGAUCACUAUCAUUCAAUCUCGGUGGGAAGAGGUUUCAUUGUGGGCUAAACAAAGGGAACAAAAACUGAAUGACCACCUCAGGUCUCUGAGAGAUCUAUUAGAUUUAUUGGAUGAAUUGUUGAAUUGGCUAAUUGGAGCUGAAGCCACACUUACAGCAUUGGAAGCAGAACCACUUCCAGAUGAAAUACCUGUACUGGAGCAACUAAUUACAGACCAUCAGGGCUUCAUUGAUGAUAUGACUAAACGCCAGCCUGAUGUAGAACGGGUCACGAAAGCCUUCCAGUCAAAGAGACAGCCGCAACAAGGUCAGCCAUCGAAAGAAAAAGGAAGAGAGCGCCAUGAGUCCGCACAGGAUCGCAAAUCCGGACGAGGAACUCCUUCAAUUCCAAAAGCUAAUCUUCGUCCGAGUUUUGAGCCAGAAAUUAAAAAUCCACGUGCAAGGGAACUUGUGGAUAGGUGGCGUAACGUUUGGAUACUUGCAAUGGAAAGACAACGUCGUUUGCAAGAUAAAUUGAACUAUCUCAAAGAGCUUGAAAGAAUCAAAAACUUUGAUUUUGAUGAAUGGCGCAGAAAGUUUUUGGCAUUUAUGAACAACAAAAAAGCUCGAGUAAUGGAUUUAUUCCGAAAAAUUGACAAAGAUAACGAUGGAAAGGUCACAUAUGAAGAAUUCAUUGAUGGUAUUUUGAAAUCAAAAUUCCCCACAAGUAGAUUAGAAAUGGAAAGAGUUGCUGAAAUUUUUGAUCGAAAUGGUGAUGGUUUCAUAGAUCAUAAGGAAUACAUAGACACAUUAAGACCAGAUCGCGAAAAGGGACCGAUAUCUGAAGCUGAGAAAAUACAAGAUGAAGUUCAAAGACAAGUUGCUCAAUGUACUUGUGUCCAUAGAUUUAAAGUUUACCAAGUUGGUGAAGGAAAAUAUAGAUUUGGAGAAUCCCAAAAAUUGCGGCUUGUUAGAAUUUUACGAAGUACAGUCAUGGUCCGUGUAGGAGGAGGAUGGGUUGCUUUGGAUGAAUUCCUUGUAAAGAACGAUCCUUGUAGAGCUAAGGGCAGAACCAAUCUUGAACUGAGAGAGCAGUUCAUUUUAGCCGAAGGGGUUAGUCAAUCCCUUCAACCUUUCAAACCUAAAGCCAGUCCAAAUUCUUCACAAUCUUCUCAAAGUGGAGGCUCAUCGUUUAACCGAUCUGGAAUGUCAUUGCCUGCCACUGGUCCUAUCACAAAGGUAAGAGAAAAGAGUGAACGUAGUGUACCAAUGAGGCAACAAAGAAGCCAUGAUUCUGGCAGUGAUUUUAGUGCAACCUAUAGUGAUGCAGAUAGCAGUUUUGGAUCAAAAUCAGCCAAGUCACGAAUAACACCAAAUCGUUUAACGCCAGGCUCCGUUAAUCGUGCUGGAAGUCGACCUUCAAGUAGGCCACCCAGCAGGCCAUCGAGUCGUCCACCGAGCAGAGCCGCCAGUGACCUGUCCGGUGACAACAUCGAUAGUUACAGGGCGAGAAAAAUGGGUUCUAACGGGGCUCGCCAGAGAACCCCCAGCGCAUCUUCUCAAACAUCAGGUCGUGGAUCUGGUACCAGAAUCCCCACAGUGAGAAGGACUCCCUCUUUUACUAACUCUUCUAACAAAUCCGAACCUAUGAAAAAGGAAAGAGAACGCUGGAGGUGAAGAUACUGACAGAGGAUCAACGUUUUAUUUUUUAAAUACUGAUGUAUAUAGCCUUGUGAUAUAACACCGACGAACUAACAUAGUGAUUUCGAUUCCAAAGGAUCACAACUUGUAACUGCCUUUUACUAAACUGUCAUGCUGAUGAUGAAUCAGUUGCAAGUCCCAGUGCUACUUAAGGCAAGUUUCCUAUUUCCAAUGUGAUACCAGAUGUUCUGGUAUUUAAAAAAAAAUGUGAUUUAAAUUCUUCCUGCAAUAUUGCUAAUUUAGAAGUAAGCUUAGAGUUAUUAAAUUUUAAUAACAUUCCAGUCAGUGCUGACGAAAUGUCUCGAACAAAAUCUCGAUCAUUUUGUAAUUAAAUUUAGACACAUUAAUCAUGUCAAAAGUUCUUCAAGUCAAAUACAUCAUAUCAAGCAGUUUUGAAUGCUUAAAGUUUUCUAUGAGUAAAAUACUUGAGAUAUUUCUAAUGUAAUUUAAUUAUGAAACUUAGACUUGCAAUUUCGAACGUAUAAAAAGUGCCAAGUGAUCUUAGUGUAAUUAUAUUUUUUUCCAUGUAAAGUAAGACUGAGAAAACUCAAGAAAUUAUUUUUCUUGAAUGAAAAGUUGAUGAAUGUAUUGCUGCUUGCAUACUGUGAAUCAUGAAUAUUGUGCAAGAUCUGCAAAUGUUUUAUAUUUUUUUAAUCUCAUCCUUAAACAUUUUUGAACUUUUUAACAAUCUAAUUACGUAAUUUAAGUAGAUAUUGUCAAAUGUCUCAAAUGUUAAUUUAUAAUAAUUCAAAAAAAGAAAAAAAUGUAUAUCAUUCAUUAACAUUUUUGUUUGCUUAUGUUUGUUCAUUAAAAUUAGUUUUUUUGAAAA